AUGUCAAUAUCCUCGAAACCUAUUGUUGUCAUCUUUGUCUUCUACUGUCUUGUACUACCAUUAACAACAUUUGCAUUACAAUGUUAUACGGGUAGUUAUACACAGUGUAUGUUAGUGGAUUCAAGUAAAAUUGAUAAUGUUUGUGGUACAACAGAUCCAACAAACUGUCGUUGUGCACGGUAUAAAUUUACAUGUACAUCAGAUGAUACAGGUUGCACACAGAGAGAACAAGAUCAACAGACAGCUAAAUGGGCCUACAUAGUAACAUCACAUGUUAUGUGUAAUGAAAUGCGACAGAUGCCCAGCAUGUAUCAACAGUUGAAAUGUUGUAAUACAAAUAAAUGUAAUCGUCCACAAUCAAAGAAAGUCAAAUGCAUAAAUAUCUUUGAUGGUGUCGAUGAACAACAAAGAAAAUGA